GACAAGGCUCCUGACACUGAGGACAAGGUUCCUGACGAUGAGGACAAGGUUCCUGACGCUGAGGACAAGAUUCCGGACGCUGAGGAUAGGGUUCCUGACGCUGAGGACAAGGUUCCUGACGCUGAGGACAAGGUUCCUGACGCUGAGGACAAGGUUCCUGACGUUAAGAAUAAGGCUCCAAACGCUGAGGACAAGGUUGCUGACGCUGAGGACAAGACUCCUGACGCUGAGGACAAGGCUUCAGACCCUGAGAACAAGAUUCCUGACGCUGAAGACAAGGUUUCUGACGCUGUGGACAAGGUUCCUGACGCCGAGAACAAGCCUCAUUACGUGAUGACAAGUUUCGUAACGCUGAGGAUAUGGAUCGUGACGCCGAACACAAGGCUCCUGGCGCUGAGGACAAGGUUCCUGACGCUGAGGACAAGAUUCCUGACCCUGAGGACAAGGUUCCUGACGCUGAGGACAAGACUUCUCACGCUGAGGGCAAAGUACCUGACUCUGAGGACAAGAUUCCUGACGCUGAGGGCAGGGUUCCUGACGCUCAGGACAAGGUUCCUGACGCUGAGGACAAGUUUCCUGAUGCCGAGGACAAGGCUCCUGACGUUGAAGGCAAGGCUCCGGACGCUGAGGACAAGGUUCGAGGCGCUGAGGACAAGGCUCCUGACGCUGAGGAUAAGGCUCCUGACGCUGAGGACAAGGUUCCUGGCGCUGAGGACAAGGUUCCUGAAUCUGAGGAAAAGGCUCCUGACGCUGAGGACAAUGUUCCUCACGCCGAGGACAAGCCUCCUGAGGUGAGGACAAGUUUCGUGACGCUGAGGACAAGGAUUAUGACCCUGAGGACAAUGCUCCUGACGCUGAGGACAAGGUUCCUGACGCUGAGGAGAAGUUUCCUGACGCUGCGGACAAGGUUCCUGACGCUGAGAACAAGACUCCUGACUCUGAGGACAACGCUUCUGACGCUGAGGACAAGAUUCCUAACGCUGAGGACAAGGUUCCUGACGCUGGGGACAAGGUUCCUGACGCCGAGGACAAGCCUCCUGACGUGAGGACAAGUUUCGUGACGCUGAGGACAACGAUCCUGACGCUGAGGACAAGGCUCCUGACGCUGAGGGCAAGGUACCUCACGCUGACGAGGACAAGGUUCCUGGCGCUAAAGACAAGGUUCCUGACGCCAAGGACAAGCCUCCUGAGCUGAGGACAAGUUUCGUGACGCUGAGGACAAGGAUCAUGACGCUGAGGACAAGGCUCCUGACGCUGAGGACAAGGUUCCUGACGCUGAGGACAACAUUCCUGACGCUGAGGACAGGGUUCCUGACGCUGAAGACAAGGUUCCUGACGCUGAGGACAAGUUUCCUGAUGCUGAGGACAAGUCUCCUGGCGCUGAAGGCAAGGCUCCAGACGCUGAGGACAAGGUUCCAGGCGCUGAGGACAAGGCUUGUGACGCUGAGGAGAAGGCUCCUGACGCUGAGGACAAGAUUCCUGACGCUGAGGACAGGGUUCCUGGUGCUGAGGACAAGGUUCCUGACGCUGAGGACAAGGUUCCUGACGCUGAGGACAAUGUUCCUCACGCUGAGGACAAGCCUCCUGAGGUGAGGACAAGUUUCGUGACGUUGAGGACCAGGAUCAUGACGCUGAGGACAAGGCUUCUGACGCUGAGGACAAGGUUCCUGACGCUGAGGACAAUAUUCCUGACGCUGAGGACAAGGUUCCUGACGCUAAGGACAAGUUUCCUGAGGCUGAGGGCAAGGUACCUGACGCUGAAGGCAAGGUACCUGACGCUGACGAUAAGACUCUUGACGCAGAGGUCAAGGCUCCUGACGCUGAGGAAAAGGUUGCAGGCGCUGAGGACAAGGCUGCUGACGCUGAGGACAAGGCGCCUGACGCUGAGGACAAUGUUCCUGACGCUGAGGACAAGAUUCCUGACGCUGAGGAAAGGGUUCCUGACGCUGAGGACGAGGUUCCUGACGCAGAGAACAAGGUUCCUGAUGCCGAGGUCAAGGCUCCUGACGCUGAAAGCAAGGCUCCUGACGCUGACGACAAGGUUUCUGGCGCUGAGGACAAGGUUCCUGACGCUGAGGACAUGAUUCCUGACGCUGUGGACAGGGUUCCUGACGCUGAGGACAACGCUCCUGACGCUGAGGACAAGGUUCCUCACGCCGAGGACAAGCCUCCUGAGGUGAGGACAAGUUUCGUGACGCUAAGGACAAGGAUCAUGACGCUGAGGACAAGGCUUCUCAGGCUGAGGACAAGGUUCCUGACGCGGAGGACAAUAUUCCUGACGCUGAGGACAAGGUUCCUGACGCUGAGGACAAGACUCCUGACUCUGAGGACAAGGCUUCUGACGCUGAGGACAAGGUUCCUGACGCUGAAGACAAGCUUCCUGACACCGAGGAAAAGCCUCCUGAAGUGAGGACAAGUUUCGUGACGCUGAAGACAACGAUUCUGACGCUGAGGACAAGACUCCUGACGGUGAGGGCAAGGUACCUCACGCUGACGAGGACAAGGUUCCUGGCGCUGAGGACAAGGCUCCUGACCCUGAGGACAAGGCUCCUGACCCUGAGGACAAGAUUCCUGACGCUGAGGACAAGGUUCCUGACGCUGAGGACAAGGUUCCUGAUGACGAGGACAAGGCUCCUGAUGCUGAAGGCAAGGUUCCUGACGCUGAGAACAAGGUUCCUGACGUUAAGAACAAGGCUCCUGACGCUGUGGACAAGGUUCCUGACCCUGAGGACAAGACUCCUGACGCUGAGGACAACAUUCCUGACGCUGAGGACAGUGUUCCUGACGCUGAGGACAAGCUUCCUGACGCUCAAGACGAGGUUCCUGAUGCCGAGGACAAGGCUCCUGACGCCGAUGGCAAGGUUCCUGACGUUGAGGACAAGGCUCCUGACGCGGAGGAGAAGGCUUCUGACGUGAGGACAAGUUUCGUGCCGCUGAGGACAAGGAUCCUGACGCUUGGGACAAGGCUUCUGGCGCCGAGGACAAGGUUCUGACGCUGAAGUCAAGGUUCCUGACGCUGAGGACAAGGUUCCUGACGCUCACGACAAGGUUCCUGACGCCGAGGACAAGUCUCCUGAGGUGAGGACAAGUUUCCUGAUGCCAAGGACAAGGCUCCUGACGCUGAAGGCAAGGAUCCGGACGCUGAGGACAAGGUUCCAGGCGCUGAGGACAAGGCUCCUGACGCUGAGGACAAGGUUCCUGGCGCUGAGGACAAGGUUCCUGACGCUGAGGACUAGGCUCCUGACGCUGAGGGCAAGGUUCCUGACGCUGGGGACAAGGUUCCUGACGCCGAGGACAAGCCUCCUGAGGUGAGGACAAGUUUCGUGACGCUGAGGACAAGGUUCCUGACGCUGAGGACAAGAUUCCUGACGCUGAGGACAAGGUUUCUGACACCGAGGACAAGCCUCCUGACGUGAGGACAAGUUUCGUGACGCUGAAGACAACGAUCCUGACGCUGAGGACAAGACUCCUGAGGCUGAGAGCAAGGUACCUCACGCUGACGAGGACAAGGUUCCUGGCGCUAAGGACAAGGUUCCUGACGCCGAGGACAAGCCUCCUGAGGUGAGGACAAGUUUCGUGACGCUGAGGACAAGGAUCAUGACGCAGAGGACAAGGCUCCCGACGCUUAGGACAAGGUUCCUGACGCUGAGGACAAGAUUCCUGACGCUGAGGACAGGGUUCCUGACGCUGAGGACAAGGUUCCUGACGCUGAGGACAAGUUUCCUGAUGCCGAGGACAAGGCUCCUGACGCUGAAGGCAAGGCUCCGGACGCUGAGGACAAGGUUCCUGGCGCUGAGGACAAGGCUUCUGACGCUGAGGACAAGGCUCCUCACGCUGAGGACAAGGUUCCUGACGCUGAGGACAAGAUUUCUGACGCUGAGGACAGGUUUCCUAGCGCUGAGGACAAGGUUCCUGAAUCUGAGGACAAGGCUCCUGACGCUGAGGACAAUGUUCCUCACGGCGAGGACAAGCCUCCUGAGGUGAGGACAAGUUUCGUGACGCUGAGGACAAGGAUCAGACGCUGAGGACAAGGGUUCGCACGCUGAGGACAAGGUUCCUGACGCUGAGGACAAUAUUUCUGACGCUGAGGACAAGGUUCCCGACGCUGAGGACAAGACUCCUGACUCUGAGGACAAGGCUUCUGACGCUGAGGACAAGAUUCCUGACGCUGAGGAAAAGGUUCCUGACGCUGAGGACAAGGUUCCUGACACCGAGGACAAGCCUCCUGACGUGAGGACAAGUUUCGUGACGCUGAGGACAACGAUCCUGACGCUGAGGACAAGACUCCUGACGCUGAGCGCAAGGUACCUCACGCUGACGAGGACAAGGUUCCUGGCCCUGAGGACAAGGCUCCUAACGCUGAGGACAAGGCUCCUGACGCUGAGGACAAGGUUCCCGACACUGAGGACAAGGCUCGUGACGCUAAGGACAAGUUUCCUGACGCUGAGGGCAAGGUACCUGACGGUGAGGGCAAGGUACCUGGCGCUGACGAUAAGGUUCCUGACGCAGAGGUCAAGGCUCCUGACGCUGAGGACAAGGUCCCUGGCGCUGAGGACAAGGCUCCUGACGCUGAGGACAAGGCUCCUGACGCUGAGGACAAGGUUCCUGACGCUGAGGACAAGAUUCCUGACGCUGAGGACAGUGUUCCUGACGCUGAGGACAAGCUUCCUGCCGCUCAAGACAAGGUUCCUGAUGCCGAGGACAAGGUUCCUGACGCCGAAGGCAAGGUUCCUGACGUUGAGGACAAGGCUCCUGACGCGGAGGACAAGUCUUCUUACGUUAGGACAAGUUUCGAGCCGCUAAGCACAAGGAUCCUGACGCUUGGGACAAGGCUUCUGAUGCUGAGGACAAGACUCCUGACUCUGAGGACAAGGCUUCUGACGCUGAGGACAAGAUUCCUGACGCUGAGGAAAAGGUUCCUGACGCUGAGGACAAGGUUCCUGACGCUGAGGACAAGAUUCCUGACGUUGAGGACAGUGUUCCUGACGCUGAGGACAAGCUUCCUGCCGCUCAAGACAAGGUUCCUGAUGCCGAGGACAAGGUUCCUGACGCCGAAGGCAAGGUUCCUGACGUUGAGGACAAGGCUCCUGACGCGGAGGACAAGUCUUCUUACGUUAGGACAAGUUUCGAGCCGCUAAGCACAAGGAUCCUGACGCUUGGGACAAGGCUUCUGAUGCUGAGGACAAGGUCCUGACGCUGAGGUCAAGCUUCCUGACGCUGAGGACAAGGUUACUGACGCUGAGGACAAGAUUCCUGACGCUGAUGACAAGGUUCCUGUCGCUUAGGGCAAGGUACCUGAGGCUGACGAUAAGGCUCCUGACGCAGAGGUCAAGGCUCCUGACGCUGAGGACAAGGUUCCGGCCCUGAGGACAAGGCUCCUGACACUGAGGACAAGGUUCCUGACGAUGAGGACAAGGUUCCUGACGCUGAGGACAAGAUUCCGGACGCUGAGGAUAGGGUUCCUGACGCUGAGGACAAGGUUCCUGACGCUGAGGACAAGGUUCCUGACGCUGAGGACAAGGUUCCUGACGUUAAGAAUAAGGCUCCAAACGCUGAGGACAAGGUUGCUGACGCUGAGGACAAGACUCCUGACGCUGAGGACAAGGCUUCAGACCCUGAGGACAAGAUUCCUGACGCUGAAGACAAGGUUUCUGACGCUGUUGACAAGGUUCCUGACGCCGAGAACAAGCCUCAUUACGUGAUGACAAGUUUCGUAACGCUGAGGAUAUGGAUCGUGACGCCGAACACAAGGCUCCUGGCGCUGAGGACAAGGUUCCUGACGCUGAGGACAAGAUUCCUGACCCUGAGGACAAGGUUCCUGACGCUGAGGACAAGACUUCUCACGCUGAGGGCAAAGUACCUGACUCUGAGGACAAGAUUCCUGACGCUGAGGGCAGGGUUCCUGACGCUCAGGACAAGGUUCCUGACGCUGAGGACAAGUUUCCUGAUGCCGAGGACAAGGCUCCUGACGUUGAAGGCAAGGCUCCGGACGCUGAGGACAAGGUUCGAGGCGCUGAGGACAAGGCUCCUGACGCUGAGGAUAAGGCUCCUGACGCUGAGGACAAGGUUCCUGGCGCUGAGGACAAGGUUCCUGAAUCUGAGGAAAAGGCUCCUGACGCUGAGGACAAUGUUCCUCACGCCGAGGACAAGCCUCCUGAGGUGAGGACAAGUUUCGUGACGCUGAGGACAAGGAUUAUGACCCUGAGGACAAUGCUCCUGACGCUGAGGACAAGGUUCCUGACGCUGAGGAGAAGUUUCCUGACGCUGCGGACAAGGUUCCUGACGCUGAGGACAAGACUUCUCACGCUGAGGGCAAAGUACCUGACUCUGAGGACAAGAUUCCUGACGCUGAGGGCAGGGUUCCUGACGCUCAGGACAAGGUACCUGACGCUGAGGACAAGUUUCCUGAUGCCGAAGACAAGGCUCCUGACGUUGAAGGCAAGGCUCCGGACGCUGAGGACAAGGUUCGAGGCGCUGAGGACAAGGCUCCUGACGCUGAGGAUAAGGCUCCUGACGCUGAGGACAAGGUUCCUGGCGCUGAGGACAAGGUUCCUGAAUCUGAGGAAAAGGCUCCUGACGCUGAGGACAAUGUUCCUCACGCCGAGGACAAGCCUCCUGAGGUGAGGACAAGUUUCGUGACGCUGAGGACAAGGAUUAUGACCCUGAGGACAAUGCUCCUGACGCUGAGGACAAGGUUCCUGACGCUGAGGAGAAGUUUCCUGACGCUGCGGACAAGGUUCCUGACGCUGAGAACAAGACUCCUGACUCUGAGGACAACGCUUCUGACGCUGAGGACAAGAUUCCUAACGCUGAGGACAAGGUUCCUGACGCUGGGGACAAGGUUCCUGACGCCGAGGACAAGCCUCCUGACGUGAGGACAAGUUUCGUGACGCUGAGGACAACGAUCCUGACGCUGAGGACAAGGCUCCUGACGCUGAGGGCAAGGUACCUCACGCUGACGAGGACAAGGUUCCUGGCGCUAAAGACAAGGUUCCUGACGCCGAGGACAAGCCUCCUGAGCUGAGGACAAGUUUCGUGACGCUGAGGACAAGGAUCAUGACGCUGAGGACAAGGCUCCUGACGCUGAGGACAAGGUUCCUGACGCUGAGGACAACAUUCCUGACGCUGAGGACAGGGUUCCUGACGCUGAGGACAAGGUUCCUGACGCUGAGGACAAGUUUCCUGAUGCUGAGGACAAGUCUCCUGGCGCUGAAGGCAAGGUUCCAGACGCUGAGGACAAGGUUCCAGGCGCUGAGGACAAGGCUUGUGACGCUGAGGAGAAGGCUCCUGACGCUGAGGACAAGAUUCCUGACGCUGAGGACAGGGUUCCUGGUGCUGAGGACAAGGUUCCUGACGCUGAGGACAAGGUUCCUGACGCUGAGGACAAUGUUCCUCACGCUGAGGACAAGCCUCCUGAGGUGAGGACAAGUUUCGUGACGUUGAGGACCAGGAUCAUGACGCUGAGGACAAGGCUUCUGACGCUGAGGACAAGGUUCCUGACGCUGAGGACAAUAUUCCUGACGCUGAGGACAAGGUUCCUGACGCUAAGGACAAGUUUCCUGAGGCUGAGGGCAAGGUACCUGACGCUGAAGGCAAGGUACCUGACGCUGACGAUAAGACUCUUGACGCAGAGGUCAAGGCUCCUGACGCUGAAGAAAAGGUUGCAGGCGCUGAGGACAAGGCUGCUGACGCUGAGGACAAGGCGCCUGACGCUGAGGACAAUGUUCCUGACGCUGAGGACAAGAUUCCUUACGCUGAGGAAAGGGUUCCUGACGCUGAGGACGAGGUUCCUGACGCAGAGGACAAGGUUCCUGAUGCCGAGGUCAAGGCUCCUGACGCUGAAAGCAAGGCUCCUGACGCUGACGACAAGGUUUCUGGCGCUGAGGACAAGGUUCCUGACGCUGAGGACAUGAUUCCUGACGCUGUGGACAGGGUUCCUGACGCUGAGGACAACGCUCCUGACGCUGAGGACAAGGUUCCUCACGCCGAGGACAAGCCUCCUGAGGUGAGGACAAGUUUCGUGACGCUAAGGACAAGGAUCAUGACGCUGAGGACAAGGCUUCUCAGGCUGAGGACAAGGUUCCUGACGCGGAGGACAAUAUUCCUGACGCUGAGGACAAGGUUCCUGACGCUGAGGACAAGACUCCUGACUCUGAGGACAAGGCUUCUGACGCUGAGGACAAGGUUCCUGACGCUGAAGACAAGCUUCCUGACACCGAGGAAAAGCCUCCUGAAGUGAGGACAAGUUUCGUGACGCUGAAGACAACGAUUCUGACGCUGAGGACAAGACUCCUGACGGUGAGGGCAAGGUACCUCACGCUGACGAGGACAAGGUUCCUGGCGCUGAGGACAAGGCUCCUGACCCUGAGGACAAGGCUCCUGACCCUGAGGACAAGGUUCCUGACGCUGAGGACAAGGCUCGUGACGCUGAGGACAAGUUUCCUGACGCUGAGGGCAAGGUACCUGACGGUAAGGGCAAGGUACCUGACGCUGACGAUAAGGCUCCUGACGCAGAGAUCAAGGUUCCUGACGCUGAGGACAAGGUUCCUGGUGCUGAGGACAAGCCUGCUGACGCUGAGAACAAGGCUCCUGACGCUGAGAACAAGGCUCCUGACGCUGAGGACAAGGUUCCUGACGCUGAGGACAAGGUUCCUGACGCUGAAGACAAGGUUCCUGACACCGAGGAAAAGCCUCCUGAAGUGAGGACAAGUUUCGUGACGCUGAAGACAACGAUUCUGACGCUGAGGACAAGACUCCUGACGGUGAGGGCAAGGUACCUCACGCUGACGAGGACAAGGCUCCUGACCCUGAGGACAAGGCUCCUGACCCUGAGGACAAGGUUCCUGACGCUGAGGACAAGGCUCGUGACGCUGAGGACAAGUUUCCUGACGCUGAGGGCAAGGUACCUGACGGUGAGGGCAAGGUAGCUGACGCUGACGAUAAGGCUCCUGACGCAGAGGUCAAGGUUCCUGACGCUGAGGACAAGGUUCCUGGUGCUGAGGACAAGCCUGCUGACGCUGAGAACAAGGCUCCUGACGCUGAGAACAAGGCUCCUGACGCUGAGGACAAGGUUCCUGACGCUGAGGACAAGAUUCCUGACGCUGAGGACAGCGUUCCUGACGCUGAUGACAAGCUUCCUGACGCUCAAGACAAGGUUCCUGAUGCCGAGGACAAGGCUUCUGACGCCGAAGGCAAGGUUCCUGACGUUGAGGACAAGGCUCCUGACGCGGAGGAGAAGGCUUCUGACGUGAGGACAAGUUUCGUGCCGCUGAUGACAAGGAUGCUGACGCUUGGGACAAGGCUUCUGACGCUGAGAACAAGGUUCUGACGCUGAGGUCAAGGUUCCUGACGCCGAGGACAAGCCUCCUGACGUGAGGACAAGUUUGGUGACGCUGAAGACAAGGUUCCUGACGCUGGGGAGAAGGCUUCUGACGCUGAGGACAAGGUUCUGACGCUGAGUUCAAGGUUCCUGAUUCUAAGGACAAGGUUCCUGACGCUUAGGUCAAGGUUCCUCGCGCUGAGGCAAGGUUCCUGACGCUGAGGAAAAGGCCCCUGACCCUGAGGACAAGGCUUUUGACGCUGAGUACAAGGCUCCUAACUCUGAGGACAAGGCUCCUCACCCUGAGGACAAGGUUCUUGAUGCUGAGGACAAGGCUCCUUACGCUGAGGACCAGUUUCCUGACGCUGAGGGCGAGGUACCUGACGCUGACGAGGACAAGGUUCCUGGCGCUGAGGACAAGGCUCCUGACGCUGAGGACAAGGCUCCUGACGCUGAGGACAAGGUUCCUGACGCUGAGGACAAGAUUCCUGACGCUGAGGACAAGGUUCCUGAUGCUGAGGACAAGGCUUGUGACGAUGAGGACAAGUUUCCUGAGGCUGAGGACAAGGUACCUGACGCUGAAGGCAAGGUACCUGACGCUGACGAUAAGGCUCCUGACGCAGAUUUCAAGGCUCCUGACGCUGAGGACAAGGUUCCUGGCGCUGAGGACAAGGCUCCUGACGCUGAGGACAAAACUCCUGACGCUGAGGACAAGGUUCCUGACGCUGAGGACAAGAUUCCUGACGCUGAGGAAAGGGUUCCUGACGCUGAGGACAAGGUUCCUGACGCUGAGGACAAGGUUCCUGAUGCCGAGGUCAAGGUUCCUGACGCUGAAAGCAAGGCUCCUGACGCUGACGACAAGGUUCCUGGCGCUGAGGACAAGGUUCCUGACGCUGAGGACAAGAUUCCUGACGCUGAGGAUUGGGUUCCUGACGCUGAGGACAAGGCUCCUGACGCUGAGGACAAGAUUCCUAACGCUGAGGACAAGAUUCCUGACGCUGAGGACAAGGCUCGUGACGCUGAGGACAAGUUUCCUGACGCUAAGGGAAAGGUACCUGACGCUGAUGCAAGGUACCUGACGCUGAUGCAAGGUACCUGACGCUGACGAUAAGGCUCCUGACGCAGAGGUCAAGGCUCGUGACGCUAAGGACAAAGUUCCUGGCGCUGAGGACAAGGUUCCUGACGCUGAGGAGGAAACUCCUGACGCUGAGGACAAGGCUUCUGACGCUGAGGACAAUAUUCCUGACGCUGAGAACAAGGUUCCUGACGCUGAGUACAAGGUUCCUGACGCCGAGGACAAGGCUCCUGACGUGAGGACAAGUUUCGUGACGCUGAAGACAAGGAUCCUGACGCUGGGGACAAGGCUUCUGACGCUGAGGACAAGGUUAUGACGCUGAGGUCAAGGUUUCUGACGCUGAGGACAAGAUUCCUGACGGUGAGGACAUGGUUGCUGUCGCAUAGGUGAAGGUUCCUCACGUUGAGGACAAUGUUCCUGACGCUGAGGACAAGGCUCCUGACUCUGAGGACAAGGCUCCUGAUUCUGAGGACAAGGCUCCUGACUCUGAGGACAAGGCUCCUCACGCUGAGGACAAGGUUCCUGACACUGAAGACACGCAGGAAGGUCGUCGUGGCAAUUUUUUUACCGUGGACAGUCGGACUCCACAUUGGUAUUCGGAUGCAUCAUUGACCCGCGUCCUUAAACAAAAUAUUCAGCGGUUACUCUUCUUAUUAGAUGCGCCUUCCGUGUGUGUCUUGCGCACGCAAUUGGUGAUUUCAGGAUCAGUUUUGCUUGGUUGAAAUGUCAAAAUCUGAACAAGACACAUUGUGGCUUCACAUCUUGUAUGGUGAAGACAUAUUUUAUUAAGUUAUAUUCGCCAUUCCCGCUUGCUUUCCUUUGCUUUUGUAUCUGUUUCUUGUAACUUUUUUCGGAGCGAUUGCAGAAUACCCGUCCACUUUUUAAGCUAUGCCUUUGAAACUUUAUGGAUACGAUGUACUAAUACAUCUAUAUUUAUUCUCAAUAGAUUAAUAACUAGAUUCAUAUCAGAUUCAAUGCUAAAAUGAAGAGAUUUUAGAUGAUACGCCAAAGAGAAAAUGAUGUCUGACGUUCAGUACGUUUUGCUUAAAUGGUUGUAAAUAUAGCGUCAAUUUUAAGUCAUCAUUGAUAAUUGUAUUUUAAUUGGCAAUUCUUAACUAUUAUUUUAUGUUUCUCAACCGGCAGACGCAUUUAAAAGGUAGCUAACUCUAUAAACUGUAGAGAAUAUAGGAUUAAAGCCAAAACAAAGUAAUUUUGAGAGGAACGCCAAAAAGAUUUUAGGUUUUGAACACUUUUCAUUGCGAAUACGUGACAUUGAAAAAAAAUUACCUUUUAAUAUUUUAAAGGGGAAGUCUACCCCCACAACAAGUUUAGUUCAUAUAAAAGGCCUUACCUUGAUGACUUUCGGUACGAAUUAUUUUGUCCCAAUUCUUUUUCGUUUGCUAAAUAUUCCAUAUGCUUCGCUUCGAAAAAUUGCAAAUAGAAAGUCGCCAUAUUGCCUUUUUUCGUAGGCGCAAUAACUGUCAGCGGUCAGUUUUAUGACGUCACAGGAGUGCUUCGUGCAAUCGUGCAUGUCUCAAAACAGUACUAG